AUGGCACCCGAGGAUGGCAGUGCCCCGCCCCCCAGGAAGGUCCGCUCGGCAUGCCGCCGAUGCCGCCAGAAACGCGUCAAGUGCGAUGGCGGAAUACCUGCCUGUAGUAAUUGUGCUCGGGCAAAGGUUCCAUGCAUCGACGUUCAUACGGGCAAUAAUGACCUGUCUAUCCCGCGAGACUUUGCAGUACGGUGUUGCGCUCGCAUAAAAUGGCUCGAACAGAACCUGGCCACUCUGUGCCCCGACUUUGACCUGUCGCAGGGCCCAAAAGUCAAUGCAAGCUUCAUGGAGACCUUGAACCUACCACAAGAUCGCUUAGACACCCGAGAUGUAGCUCCGAUAUAUCGAGGGGGUGUCUCGGAGCUUCCUAGUCAGGACGAAAUCCUGGGGGAUGCAGCGACGAAUAAACGCCCACUCUCGGUGAUGGAGUCAGAUGCUGACUCUCCGCUGUCUGCCAAGGCACGGUCCGUGGCGAUUGAUCUCGGGAUGCUUUCAUUGCAAUCUGACUCGCGCCAGAAGCAUUAUCUUGGCUCCUCCUCUGGAUUACUAUUCGCCAAACUUAUGGGUUUAGAUAACGAAAUACGUCCGGAGCAAGGUGCGAGCCAAGCACGUCGACUCACCCCUCAAAGAAUGUCUACCGAGAUUUACAGGCCGCUCUAUGAUCAAUUAAGACAGGAACUUCCAUCACCCGAAGAAGCGUGCCUUUUGCUAGAAGUUUACUUCCAGAACGUUCACGUUGACCAGCCUUUCCUCCAUCCUGCAUCGUUGAUCAACGCAUAUCAUGCUUUAUAUCUGUGUGCACAGGCAGGAUACAAUGACUUAAUUGAUCGAAACGGCUGGAUUGAUGCCGUUGAAGCAUUCCGCUAUAAUGGUCGGAUAGACAUAGCGGCAGGUUGUAACAUCACUCCAAUCUCCAUCGCCACCGCCGUCUUCCAUGUUUUCAUGAUCUUCUCCUUGUCAGCGACUAUCUUGACCAGGAAGAAAAACUACGAUUUCUCCCCCGCCCGAUUCCAUCGCAUGGCAAUCUCCACAGCCUCGGAAACAUUUUCCAAUAUUUCAGUUACAUCGCUACAAGCCAUAUUAUUACUGGCCGUCCAAAGUCUUAUUGAGCCCGCUGCUGUGAACUUGUGGACAUUGACUCAUAUUGCUAUGUCGCACUGUAUCGACUUAGGCCUUCACCGAGAGCCAAGCGAAUCCGACAUGCCAAGUGGUGCGAGAGCUAUACUGAGAUUUAUCUUCUCUACUGUCUACUCUCUCGACCGAUCAGUCGCCACCAUUCAAGGUCGCCCGCUUGGAAUUCGCGAUGAGACCUUUGACAUAAGACCACCAGAGGAAUCUGAUAUUGCAGAGGUCAUGUCAUUGGCAGGCAGUGAUUUGGUCAUCAAACUACCAAUGCCUCAGAUUCUGGCCCUUUCAGUUGCAAGGUUCCGACUAGACCGGCAUAUAUCAGAGAUAAAGCUCUUGCUAUACCAUCUCCCGACCCGGAACCAAAGCUUUGUCUGGCCUACUAACCUCCCAGAGAUUCAAACAAGGAUCAAGUCUGAGCUGGAUCACUGGCUUCUAAGUGUGCAGAGGAUUGUCCCAGAUGAUGACGCGACUGACGAAGAAAGUCUUGACCUCCAAAUCCAGAAGAUGAGGCAUGAACAACUCUACCAUUCCGCCAUUUCUCUUCUAUUUCAACCGUCUCAAAUGUUCCCAUCGCCAAGUCAGGAAGCAUUGAAACUCUGCUAUCAGAGCUGUAGCAAGCGCUUGCAGAUAUACGAUGCAGUCAGCAACCAAGACAUGCUGUAUUACAAUUGGCGCAACAUUCACGGGAUCUUCUCGUCCGGCGCAACUAUUGUAUACUGUGCUUGGGCUUCACGAGAUCUUAAACGCACACUACCCUUUGCAAAGUUGCUUCGCGAUUUGCGGACUUGUUCCAAUCAUCUCAGUAUCGGGAGCCAGUGGUGGCCCUCUGUGCGCAGUGGCAAAGAGAGUUUUGAAAUGAUGAUCGACUUGAUCAUCAAAUACUUCAGUGACAUACAGCUUCAAAUUCAAGAUCUUCCUCCACCCACACAGAGGCAACGAUGGCCGAUCAGUUCCCGAACGGAAGAUUCGCAGCUUCCUCCGUCCUAUACUAGCGUAUCAGGCAUGGAAGAAUAUCCAUCAGAGCACGGAAGUGCCCAAGAACAACAAAGACAAGCCCAGUCCGUGCAAAACAACCAAAGCCAAAUAUUUGCGAUAUUGAACGACCCUCAACCAUCAUUCGAAAAUAUGGAUAUGUCUGCACCAGGGCACGGCUUGCACGACUUCGAUAUGCCGACGAUCGAAGAUGCCAUGGAAAGUUUUAUGGCAGAGUACCUGCAUGAAGACUGGGGUUGGGAUCCUUUCUCCAGCUCUACGGGCACCUUUGACAAUCAAGGCACUGGUCCUUUGUAG